UUGUGGCACAAUGUCGUGAUUGCAAGGAGUAAGGCCGCUCUGAUGAUCACAUCUCCUCACGCCCAAGUGAACGAGGACGUAGCCGAAAUCUUUACUGAAGUCAGUAAUUCCAGACGAAGACAAAGGGGAUCUACACCUGAGCAAAUACGAGCAAAACGAAUGACAAUCUGGAGACACCGUUUUACGAGAAAUUAUCACAAUAACUACGCGUUUCUAAAUCUCUUGCCGUUAUGGAUUUUCCUUACUGACUUUUGGUCUGCAGCCAACGGAUGACUUGACAAUUCUGUCAAGUGACAGGUAUCGUUUAAAUAUUUAUUCCACAGACCAUUGAUAUUUAUUAUACCAGCCAACACGCAUUUCGCGAUGGCAUGAGGCAGCAGGCACUGCGCUUAAGUGCAGUAAGUCAACUUGUCCAUUUUGCACGGGAAAACGGGCUGAGCCUACUGUCUCAGCGGCGCAAGGCGUAGGCAACAUCAGAGAGUGACCAAAGACCCCUGUUAAAAGGAGUAGAUAUCCCAAGGAAUUAUUCCGCUUUUCUACAUCCAGUGCAUUCAUUCAUAAUAUCGCAUGAAGGACAGUCAUUCGUUACUCUUUCAUGGACAAAGUGGAUUUUACAACUCGAUCAAUAGACCCUUCUUUUCUCUGCCCUGCCUUUAAGCUGGUGUUUGUAUAGAGAACGGUGGUUUUGGGAGUACGAACAAAAGGUGACUGUGUCCACCUUUGACGAAAUAAAGCCACACGAUUGAACUACCGUGGGUUUUCGAAUAACUUGAAAGGAAGAUGAUAAAGUUUAUCACAAAAGUGGUCUGUUUUGUGGCGUGCGUACUCUCCAUCCGCGGCACACCGGCUCCCGAGACCCAGACAGUGUCCCAGGAUACCUGCGCUUCUUGCGGCCUCGGUCAGACGGAGGAGACGAGGAGGAUGGACAUAGAUUUUUUGGAGGCAGUGAAAAGGCAUAUUCUGAACCGGUUACAGAUGCGGGAGAGACCCAACAUCACGCACCCCAUCCCAAAGGCGGCGAUGGUGACCGCGUUAAGGAAACUUCACGCGGGUAAAGUGAGAGAGGACGGGAGAGUGGAAAUCCCGAACCUUGAUGGACACGCGAGUUACCACAACGAAGUGGAGGAGGAAACUUCGGAGAUCAUCAGUUUCGCAGAAACAGACGAUCUGGUGUCCUCCAAGUCAAGCCUCUUCUUCGUCAUCUCCAACGAGGGGAACCAUAACCUGUACGUGACCCAGGCCAACCUGUGGCUCUACUUCAAGGUGCUGCCCUCGCCCUCGGAGAAGGGCGCCCGGCGGAAGGUGACGGUGAAGGUGUACUUCCAGGAGCCGGGCCUGAGCAGCAAGUGGAACCUGGUGGAGAAGCGCGUGGACCUGAAGCGCAGCGGCUGGCACACCUUCCCCCUCACCGAGGCCGUGAAGCUGGUCUUCAGCAAGGGCGACCGGCGCCAGAACCUGGACAUCCGCUGCGAGGGCUGCGAGGAGUCGGGCGUGGUCCCGGCGCUGGUCAACCCGGCGGACGAGUCGCACCGGCCCUUCCUGGUGGUCCAGGCGCGCCUGGCCGACAACAAGCACCGCAUCCGCAAGCGCGGGCUGGAGUGCGACGGCACGAGCAGCCUGUGCUGCCGACAGCAGUUCUACAUCGACUUCCGGCUCAUCGGCUGGAACGACUGGAUCAUCGCGCCCUCCGGGUACUUCGGGAACUACUGCGAGGGCAACUGCCCGGCCUACAUGGCGGGGGUGCCGGGGUCGGCGUCGUCGUUCCACACCGCGGUGGUGAACCAGUACCGCAUGCGUGGCAUGAGUCCCGGCUCCAUGAUCUCCUGCUGCAUACCCACCAAACUCAGCACAAUGUCCAUGCUGUACUUCGACGACGAGUACAACAUCGUCAAACGCGACGUGCCCAACAUGAUCGUGGAGGAGUGUGGCUGUGCUUGAGUCUUAUUUAAAACAAACAAAAAGGAACAGAUGGGGAGGGG